UUCGCACGCUCCUUUGCUCGCAAGGCGUGUGUGUGGUCUUUGAGGGGAAUGGGUGGAUGAUAAUUAUCAUUAGCUAGUUCAUAGUUGCAUUUCAAUACUCCUGCAGGCUCCCUAUUUUUCUCAACAUCUGCUUGAGACAUGGCUCGUGACCGCAGUGAGAGCAGCAGCUCAGGCUCUGGCUCUGGUUCCGAUGACGAAAAGAAGCCGGCUGAGAAGAAGGAGCGUGGUCGGGAGCGAGAGAAGAAGAAGAGAGCUAAAAGUGGUAGCCCUUCUUCUAGUGACAGCAGCCGCAGCUCCUCGGCCAGCUCCUCGGGCUCUUCUUCCAGCAGCAGCAGCGCCAGCAGCCGCAGCAGCAGCUCGUCCAGCAGCAGCUCGGGCGGCCGCUCGGGCCGCGGCCGGAGGAAGCCGGCGGCCAGUCGGCCCGAGCGGCCGCCGGCCGGCCGCGACCGCGAGCGACGCUCCCGGUCGCGCAGCGCGCCGCGCCGCAAGGCCCGCUCGCCCACACCCAAACCGCUCAAGAUCCACGUCGGUCACCUGACCCGGAACGUCACCAGGGUCAGUCAGCGGGGGAGCGGGGUCCCACCGGGCCGCGGACAGUGA